UGACCGCCCGUCUCAGCGCAAUUGCGACUGGUCGUUAUCCACAGUCCUCGCUCUUUCAAUCGCGUAGCGGUCCGACGCAUCCACGUCAUACUUCACUUACUUUCUACCGACCUUCACCUUAUCGAUCCAUUGGCAGCAGCCCUUCUCUUCCGCAUCUUCAUGCAGACUAUCUUUUCCGCGAACCCUCUCAAGAAACCACCGGUUACCGCAAUGCAACGGGACAAUAAUAUUGAAAUGAGCCUGCGUGAACACCUUCUUGCAGCACAAGCCGCCCAGCAGCAAGUUCAGCAACAGGUCACCGGAACAACAUCAGCUCAACCUGAGCACGCCAUUGAUCCUGCGAUCUCCGGACCUCCCUCCUAUCCCAACCCUUCCAGUCGCAAGGGCAGACGUGAGCUGUCGAACACUAAACGCGCGGCUCAGAACCGUGCUGCACAGCGUGCCUUCCGUCAACGCAAGGAAGAAUACAUCAAGUCUCUCAAAGACCGCGUCGAUGCGCUCGGCACUCUUGAUCUCCGCUACCGCGAUGUCGUGACUGAGAACUAUCGCCUCCGCAACUACAUCAUCGCCCUUCAGUCCAAGCUCAUUGAGACCUCGAUUGAAGUCCCUCCGACCCCAGCGGAUCUCGACCUGACUCAGGCUCCGAAGCAUCCUUCCGAGGUGCUUGCGGAGCACGCCAUGUCCUCAGCGGCGGCAGAGCAGUUGCAGGCGGCGGCGGCAGCUGCUCAGGCGAGUGAGUUCUCUGAUGCAAAGGAGUCGGAUGAUGCAACCGACGGAGCCGCGUCCCAUUAAGCACUGUUACCCUCCAUCAUAUGAAUACACCCCUUCAACAAAGGCACGAUUUCCACCCACCUACCACGGCGUUUUUUCUUUUACGAAACGGAACAGAUCCGUAUCUGCUGUCGUAGAUGCAUCUUCAUGAGUGGCGUUAAAUGGCGUUGCCCGCACUACCUAUAGGAGUGACAGGAGUUUCUCGAUGAAACUAAUGGAAUUCAAUCAGUGGGGUACGAGGGGUAUAACUUAGGGACUAUGGCAGAUAGCAUAGUGCAAUUCUAAGAUGGUCGACGAGGCCUAUAUUUAUGACUUCUCCUCUAGUGUAGAUUCCGCGUCUUGUAAUCAGCUUGUCUUGUUGUACUCAGCUUAUCUUGUUGCAGCCUGCUUGUCUUGAUGCAGUCCGCCCGUCUUA